AUGGCUCCUGAAGCUGAUUCUAGAGGUGUGCUCCAUGCUGCAAAUUACCUACAUGUCUCUACUGCAGUUGUGGAGCCUUAUAAUAGUGUUCUUUCUACGCACUCUCUCCUCCAACACACAUAUGUGGCUGUGAUUUUGGACAAUGAAGCCAUUUACGAUAUCUGCCAGAGAUCCCUAGACAUUGAAAGGCCAACUUAUACCAAUUUGAACAGAUUGAUUUCUCAAAUAAUAUCGUCUUUGACAACUUCUUUAAGGUUUGAUGGGGCCAUUAAAGUAGACGUUAUAGAGUUCCAGACGAACCUUGUACGAUAUCCCCGUAUACAUUUCAUGCUCUCCUCGUAUGCCCUUGUAAUUUCAACUACGAAAGCAUACCAUGAGCAGUUAUCUAUACCUGAGAUCACAAAUUCAGUGUUUGAGGCGACAAGCAUAAUGGCAAAAUGUGAUCUGAGGCAUGGGAAAUAUAUGGCUUUCUGCUUGAUGUAUCGUGGAGAUGUUGUUCCAAAGGAUGUUAAUGUAGCCGUUGCCACUAUCAAGACCAAACGGACUGUACGGUUUGUUGACUGGUGGUUUGUAAUGGCAUUAAGAAGAAAAUUAGAGAAAUAA